AUGACGACCCCCGUCACCCCGGCCCAGGGUGGUCCGCCAGAUGCUUCUGACAUCUUCAACACAAUCCAGCAGGGUUACGCCGAGGCGCGAAAGGUCAACGCAAAGGCCGUUCUUACCCAGUUCGCGAUUAACGGCGGCAUCUCGCUCCUUAUCCUCGUUCUGUUCUGUUUCUUCCGACCAAGACAGAACAAGAUCUAUGCGCCGAAAGUCAAGUACGCUGUACCACCUGACCCGAACGACGACGACUAUGAACCGCCGCCGCCAGAGUUGGGACGAGGCUUCUUCUCGUGGAUCAAGCCCGUUGUGACCUACACCGAGACGCAGAUGCUGCAAACCUGCGGGCUGGACGCAGUCGCCUUCCUCCGCAUGGUCCGCAUGCUGGUCUACAUCUUCUGCGGCGCUACGUUGCUCGGUGUCGCCCUCGCCAUUGUGUACGGAGUGUACAACUUGAAGCAUGUUCAGAGCAAUAACCGACAAGAUCAGCUAUCCGCCAUCACGAUAGAGAACGUGACCGACGCCUGGGCGUGGCCGGCCGUUGCAGUCAACUACCUGCUGACGUUCCUCGUCAUAUUCUUCGUCUGGCAUAACUGGAAGGUCAUGGACAAGUUGCGCUACAACUGGUUCCGCUCUAAGUCGUACCAGCACAAGCUGUCGUCGCGCACCAUCAUGCUCACGCGAGUGCCUAGGGAGUACCGCUCAGACGAGGGCCUUGUGCACCUGAUGAGCCGCCUCAAGGUCGACGGCAUCAAGAUCACGAACGAAAUCGAGUGCACAACCAUCGGCCGCCGGCUCGGGGACUUUCCACAACUGGUAGAGGAUCACAAUAAGGCUGUGAAAGACCUCGAAAAGACGCUUGUAAAGUACCUGAAGCACGGCAAGAUGGCUUCGCAGCGCCCGCUGCUCCGCAAGGGCGGCUGGGCCUGCUUUGGUGGCGAGAAGGUUGACAAGAUUGACUAUCUGGCCAACGAGAUCAAGUUCCUCCGCGACAAGGUUGACGCCAAGCGCCAGUACAUCGACUCUUUGCUGCGGCGCGAACGCAAGGCUCGCAAGAUGCCGUUCAAGUCUUCCAACCAGAUUGAAGAGCGCAUCGAGGGCGAGACCUACGGCUUCGUGACCUUCAAGACGGUCGCUGAGGCCCACCGCAUCGCCCGCAUCUAUGCUGGAAAGAGGAAGGACAUGGGCGGAGCCCACCUCCAGUUGGCACCGGAGCCGCGCGAUGUUAUUUGGAAGAAUCUGACGAAGGACGGACCCGAGCUCGUCACUGCACGGAACCUCGGCUGGGUUUUCAUCGGACUCAUCUGUUUGGCGAACACGAUUCCCGUGCUGCUCAUCACGGUUCUCGGCAACUUGUCGCUGUGGGCGGAAUGGGUUGGAUUCCUCCGGAGCUGGCGUGAGCAUUCUAGCUGGACUUUCUCCACCAUUUCCGGUCUCCUCGCCCCCUCGAUCCUCGCCAUCCUUGCGUUCAUCCUGCCCUACAUUCUGCGUCGCGUCUGCAAGUACCAGGGUGCUCAGACGCGCAGCCGCCUCGACCGAGCCACCUUUGCUCGAUACUACUUCUUCAUGGUUAUGUGGUAUUUGAUCCUCUUCACGGUUCUGGGUGUUAUUGUCAACCUCGUGGGAAACAUUGUCAAGGAUAUUGGCAGAGGAAAGUCGGCCAAGGAUAUCUUUGGCAUGUUCAAGGACCUACCGAAGGACGUGCAGGGCACCUACGUUCAACAGAGCACGUAUUGGCUCACUUGGCUGCCUCUGCGUGGUUUCCUCGUCUUCUUCGAGAUCAUCCAGUUACUGAGGCUCGCGCUCGUCUCCUUCCGCCGCAUCAUGUUCAGCUACACUCCCCGUGACAUCCGCGACUUGACGAGGCCGCCAGCGUUUGAGUACUACAUUGUCGGAGUCAAUCUCCUCUUCCUCGCGACUGUCGGUCUCGUCUACGCCCCCCUGGCACCUCUGGUAGCUAUCGGCUGCUUGUUCGUUCUUCUUUUCUCUCUCUUGAUUUAUCAGCUGCUCUACGUGUAUGUCACGAAGGCAGAGUCCGGCGGCCGCAUGUGGAGAGUGUACACCAACCGCGUUUUGGUCGCCACCCUCUUCAUGCAGCUGCUCAUGAUCCUCACGACGGGUCUCAUUCGUGCCCACUGGAUCGACGCGAUCGCGAGUGCCCCGCCUGUUCUCAUCCUACUCGCGUUCAAGAUAUAUUUAAACCGCACGAUCGAGUACAACUUCAAGUACUACAUUGCCACGCCGUCCGAGGCAGAGGCGCAGCGCCAGGCUGCCAUGUCCGAGAAGCGUGUGAAGUCGUCCGAGGUCACCCGCAGGUUCCUGAACCCCGCCCUGCGCCGCGACCGCGUCUACAACGUCAUGGUCCACAAGAACCAGGAGGAGCUUGCGCGCUCCGUGCUCGCGGAGUACCCCUGGUUCUCGGCCAAGCACGAGCACGACGGUGUCGAGGUUAUGGCGGUUCGCGAGGAGAACCUGGAGUACAACCCUCUGCGCGACGACAAGGACUGGGACACUCGCUCUGUCAAGUCGAACAUGACUGGUCUUACGGCGCUCACGAAGUCGGAGUUUGGUGGUGGCGAGGACACUAUUCCGAUGCUACGUCACAACCGCUCGUUCGGCGACUCGCUCUCCGCCCUGCCAGAGGAGAACAUGUCGACGGACGGUCUCGUCCUCGCGGCGGCACCCACGGGUAUGGCACCCUCUCCUGCGCCAUCGCCUUACUCUGAGCCAUGGCACCAGGAUGGCACCUACCCGCCCCGCCCAUUCGGACAGCGACCUCCGCCACCCAUGCACCAGCACUCAACCAGCUCAUACGGCGACUCGCCCACUCUGGUGCCCCUGGACCGCUUCGACUCGCACGGCAGUGUGGGUAGUCUCGGCCGCGGUGUCAGCCCUGCCCCAAGCUACACUGGCGGCUACGCGCCAGUGCGCAACCCCUCCACUCAGGACCUGCCGCGCGUAGGCAGCGGGAACGAGGUGCCUCAGACGUGGCCUCACCCGCCGCCCGGAGGGAUGUACUAG